AUAAUAAAAACUAUUAUGCCAGAAACACUUAAAAUUCAUCUAAAGAAUAGAGGAAGUGCUGUCCGAAAAAGUGUAUUAAAUUUAAGGAAAAGGCUAAAUGAUCAUACAAAUGGUUCAAGGGUCUACAGGUCAAGCCUUUCACAUUCAUUGGAUGGAGUGACACUGUAUGAGAAGGAUGGUGUAUACAUACACAUCAAUGUGAAUACAACCACAUCAGACAAAGAUGCCCAUCUACCUGGUAGAAUAUAUCUACUACAAAAGGAGGAAGGAACCUUUAUUGAAUGGAAGGCAGAAGAGGUUAUGUCCCUUGACAACCACUCCGAACAAGACUGGGCAAUGAUAAGUUCAGUUGGUUACCAACCUGAUAGGGGUUCUGACACAGUAUCUGACCAGAAAGCGGAGAGAAAGCGUUACAAUGUGAGUUUUGAUGUCCUUGAUUUGAAGAGUUUCAAAAGAAGUGCUCCAACUCAUGGCUGGGCAUAUAUCAUCUUCAUACUGAAAGAUGGAACCACGUACCCUGCUGUACACUUUCACAAUGGAGGCAGUAAAGCUUUGUUGAAGGAGUUAGAGAAAUUCAUCCACAUAAGAAGGUCACCUACAGACAAUCGAUUGUUCAUUGUACAAGAUCAUGACCCGGAGGCCCUGUCUAUGUCAUUUGAUGAACUUAAUCUCUUCCAAGAUUCACAAGGAGAUCUUGUUACUAAAUUCAUAAAGGACCCAUACACUACGACCAUGGGGGGUUUCUCAAAAGUGACCAACUUUCUGAAAGAUGUUUUGCUACAGCCCGAAGUAGAAAACCUUCGUCCGUCAAAAGUGGAAGAGAUCUUGAGUGAAGAUAUACCAGGCAUGGAAAUAAACAAUCAAGAUGAACCAGGGUAUGAGCUAGUAUCAAAGACAAAGCUUCCACAAAGACCAGAUGUAAACAGGGGAACUCCGCUCACUUCCCAACAAUGGUCAAAACAUAUGGACAAGGAGGGGAGAAUUAUUAAUGUAGACGAAGUUAAGGACCAAAUCUUUAGAGGGGGUGUGGAUCCAGCAUUGAGAAUAGAUGUAUGGAAGUUUUUGCUGGGUGUGUAUGAGUGGGACUCUACCUACUCUAGUAGAACAAAGACUAGAAAAAGAAAAUUGGAUGACUAUUUUCGUAUGAAGUUACAGUGGACAACAAUACGUUCAGACCAGGAGAGAAGAUUUUCACUGUUUAAAGAAAGAAAAUGUCUGAUUGAGAAAGAUGUAACGAGGACAGAUCGUACACACAAGUUCUUUGAAGGGGAGGGAAACCCGAAUCUACAAGUGUUACAUGAUAUUCUGAUGACAUAUUGUAUGUACAACUUUGACUUGGGAUAUGUACAAGGUAUGAGUGAUCUGUUGUCACCAAUUCUAGUCGUCAUGGAGAAUGAGGUGGACGCCUUCUGGUGCUUUGCUGGUUAUAUGGAGAGAGUUUGUGAUAACUUUCAAAUGGACCAAGAAGGAAUGAAAACACAACUUUCUCAAAUACACAAACUGAUGCAAUAUACUGACCCUGAACUGUGCAAUUAUCUAGAGAGCCAUGAGUCUGGAAACUUCUAUUUCUGUUUCCGCUGGAUAUUAAUUCACUUUAAGAGAGAAUUUUCAUUUGCUGAUGCACAGAGACUUUGGGAGGUAAUAUGGACGGACCGACCUUGUAAAAACUUCCACCUGAUAAUCUGCCUGGCUAUACUAGAUACAGAGAAGACCACCUUGAUGGAGAACAAGUUUGGUCUAACAGAGAUUCUAAAGCAUAUUAAUGAUAUGAGUAUGGCGAUCCAUUUGGAGGAGUCGUUAAAAAAGGCGGAGGGCAUAUUUUUACAGCUAAAGAAUGCCAAGCACUUGCCCGAUGGAGUAAAAGAAAUUCUCGGUUUCCCAACAGCAUCAGUUUCGUCUUCCCCAGCUGGUUCUCGGGGAAGUUCCGGAACUAGCACACCGGUCAUUCCACAUACACCGGCAAAUACUCCGGUGAACGUUGCGGUCAAUGCACCAGUAAAUGCAACAUUAACUGUCGGUUAUAGUAAAGAAAAUAGUGCUAGACUUCACUUACCAGAAUUUUUACGAGACAAUGGACAAAAAUCAAAUAGCGGAAAUGCGUCACCGGAUGAUAGCAGUAUAGAAAUUUUGUCGGACAAUUGUAAUUCUGGAACGUCAAAUUACUACAACUAAAGACCAAGCUUCCAAGCUUUUGAGUGAUAUUUACUUGAACUACAUUUGUUGUUUUUCUCUUAAAAUGCUGGUGUGAUAAAUUCUUGAUAAAUUUCUUAUUGGGUUUUCAACGGAUCUUUUUUUCAAGUUUUGUUGACAGUUUUAAAAGUUACCCUUACUGCUGUUUUGCUCAUAUAAAUGGAAUCUGCAUAAUGUGAAAACAAUUUUCAUGGGUGAUUUUUUAAAAGGAUCUUCUGUUUUGGAAGAAAAAUUUGACAAUAUCUACAUGUACAUAUUAUCUGUUUUUGAUUAAAUGAAAACUUUUUCAAACCCAUUUGAUUCCUAUUACUAUUGUUCUUAAAUAUGGUAUAUUUGAAAGGAAUUUCAUGAUAUUUUAGAAUUGAAUUUCAUACAUAUCUCUGAAGACAUUUGUUGUUAAAAAUUUCUUGAAUUAACAUGCAUUCAUUCAAUAAACUCCUUAAAAACAUAAAUCAUAAAACUAAAAAAUAAUUGUAUAUUUGUCCGGAAAAAAACAACAUAUAAAAACAAUACAAAAAGUGCAUAAUUACUUGUAUGUAAAGGCUAUCAAAACCCCUUUCUCAAAGUUUUUUUUGUUAAAUUCUAACUUGUUUGUGCUAUUAUAUUAUCAUAUAAUUUAAAUAUUUAUAUGUAAAUCUUACUUGCUGUAAGUAAUCAUUCGAUAUGUCCAUUAAAUUUAAAUAUAGAAUAUUGUCAAAAUAUGUAAUUUUUAUUGGAAGGUUAAAAAUAGGCUUUCAGUGACUCCGCCUCCUGUAGUGUUCUAUAAAUAGAACCUCAUUAUUUGUGUAAUUUUGGACUCCGCCUCCUGUAGUGUUCUAUAAAUAGAACCUCAUUGUGUAAUUUUUUACUCUACCUCCUGUACUCUGAAAAGAUAUACAAAAUUUGUAUGCUUUUGACUCCACCUCCUGUACUAUUGAAGCUGCACGCCUCCAGAUGAGCCAAAAUAUUUCAAGAAAAUCAAUAUUGAGAAAAAUGACUAACCUUUUAAGAAAGGUAAAAAUAUUCAAGAUCCUAGUUAUAUUUUUCAUGUUAUGUGGGGUUUAAGACUGAUAUUGCAGUAUUUUAUCACCAUAUUUCUUCUGGGUUACUUACGCAGUAAGGGCUGUUUUUGCAUAUGUUGACCACUUUUUAGCUCACCUGUCACAAAGUGACAGGGUGAGCUUUUGUGAUCGCUUUUCGUCCGGCGUCCGUCGUCCGUCCGUCGUCCGUAAACUUUUACUUUAAAUGACAUCUCCUCAUAAACCACUAAGCCAAUUUCAUCCAAACUUCACAGGAAUGUUCCUUUGGUGGUCACCUUUGAAAAUUGUUCAAAGAAUUUAAUUCCAUGCAGAACUCUGGUUGCCAUGGCAACCAAAAGAAAAAACUUAAAAUAUCUUCUUCUAAAAAACCCAAAGAGCUAGAGCUUAGAUUUUUGGCAUGAAACAUCUUCUGGUGAGUGUCUACCAAGUUUGUUCAAAUAAAAGCCCUUGGGUCAAAAUUGGCCCCGCCCCAGGGGUUCUUUGAUUUUCCCUAUAUGCAUAUAGUAAAAACUUAAAAAAUCUUCUUUUAAAGAACCAAAAGAGCUAGAGCUAAGAUAUUAAGCAUGAAACAUAUGCUAAUGGAUGUCUACCAAGUUUGUUCAAAUAAAAGCCCUGGGGUCAAAAUUGGCCCCGCCCCAAGGGGUCAUUGAUUUUCCCUAUAUACAUAUAGUAAAAACUUUAAAAAAUCUUCUUUUAAAGAACACAAAGAGCUAGAGCUAAGAUAUUUAGCAUGUAACAUCUUCUAAUGGAUGUCUACCAAGAUUGUUCAAAUAAAAGCCCUGGGGUCAAAGUUGGCCCCACCCCAGGGGGUCAUUGAAUUUCCAUUUAUACAUAUAGUAAAACUUAAAAAAUCUUCUUUUAAAGAACCCAAAGAGCUAGAGCUAAGAUAUUUAGCAUGAAACAUCUUCUAAUGGGUGUCUACCAAGUUUGUUCAAAUAAAAGCCCUGGGGUCAAAAUUUGCCCGGCCCUGGGGGUCAUUGAUUUUCCAAAUUUCCUUAUAUGUAUAGGAAAAACUUAAAAAAUCUUCUUUGGAAAAAACAUAAUAGCUAGAGUUUAGAUAUUAAGCAUGAAACAUCUUCUAGUGAUUGUCUACAAAGUUUGUUCAAAUAAAAGCCCUGGGGUCAAAAUUGGCCCCACCCCGGAGGUCAUUCAUUUUCCCUAUAUGUGUAAAACUAUAGCAAAAAUUGAAAAAUCUUCUUUGAAAAAACUCAAAUAGCAAGAGUUUAGAUAUUAAGCACGAAGCAUCUUCUAGUGAGUGUCUUCAAAGUUUGUUCAAAUAAAAGCCCUGGAGUCAAAAUUGGCCCGCCCCGGGGGACAUUGAUUUUCCUUAUACGAGUAUAGCAAAAACUUAAAAAUCUUCUUUUAAAAAACUCCAAUAGCUAGAGUUUAGAUAUUAAGCAUGAAACAUUUUCUAGUAAGUGUCUACAAAGAUUGUUCAAAUAAAAGCCCUGGGGUCAAAACUGGCCCUGCCCCAGGUGUGUCAUUGUUUUUAACUAUAUGUGUAAAGAAAAAACUUUAAAAAAUCUUCUUUUAAAAAUCCCAACGAGCUAGACCUUAGAUGUUUAGCAUGAAACAUCUUCUAAUGGUUGUCUUCAAAGUUUGUUCAAAUAAAAGCCCCGGGCUUUAAACUGGCCCUGCUCCGGGGGCCUAUGUACAGGUGAGCGACUUCAGGGCCAUCAUGGCCCUCUUGUUUGGUAAUUUUUGUGGAUUGUAAGUGUCGAUUAUACUAUGUCAAUUACUUUAUUUGCUCACCUCACAUUAUUUUACUUUUAAAUACAUUUCCAAAAUUGUUAUGAAAAUUAACAUGAAUCUGGAGGCGUGCUGCUUUAAAAGAACCACAUUUAUUGUGUACUUUUUGACCACACCUUCUGUACUAAAAAGUACAAAUUAAGGAACUUUCAUUUGAAAAUACACACUUGAUAAUGUCUUUAAACCUUAACCUGCUUAAUUUUUGUAAUGGAUUUGCCCAACUUUGAUUUUGGAACAGUUCAUUUGAUGUUUAAGUGAUUUCACUAUCAGAAUACCAACAGUAUAAAGCCUGAUCAGACUGUAUGGAUAUGCACGCUGGCCUGGCUCUAUACUGGUGGCAAAAGCUAGACACUCUGUUCCAGCAGAGUAAGAAUACCUUUAAUGACGAAUUUUUAAAAUUGACCAAAAUGAUUUAAUCAUUAUCUAAAAAGAAGAAUAAUUGUAAGGCCAAAACAAUUAAUCAGUAUUUGUAACUCUUUCUAGAAACCAAAAGCAUAUAGAUGUAAUUGAUGAGAAUGUACAAGAAGUAUGUUUGUUUUUGUUCCUUUCACUAAGUAAUGUUUGCUUUUGGUCUUCAGUGCAGGAAAGUGCAAUGGAAAUAAAAUGUAACAGCACCUUUUUUUUCAUUCAUAUACGUUAUUGUUUAGUAUGUAUGUUGUUACUUUACCCUUACUACGCUAAUUGUCAUAAAUGAACUUGUCUGUGUUUCAUCUCAGAUAAAACCAUUCAUCAUUUGUAGGGAAAGUUUUUUAAAAUAAGCACUGAGAUGAUAGUGAACAGUGCAGACCAUGAUCAGACAACACAGAUGAACUGGCUGAUCUUGGUCUGCACUUGUCACAUGGAUAGAGUUUGAUAUGGCCAGCAAUCUUAAGGUAUAUUGCAUUUCAUGAAAAUAAUAAUUAUGUUUUUGUAGAUAGUUGUUUGGUUUCAACUGCUGUAGAGGACAUGUUUUUUUGCCAAAAUAAUUCAUCACCAUUAAUUUUUUUAAUAGAAUGAACAAAUACAUUUAGUUACAUAUAUAUAACUUGAUAGGAAAUUUUUUAUCAAAUCGAUAAAAAAUAAAACACUUAAUAGCUGUAGGAAUUGCUUACAAUUUAUAUAAUACACUAAUAGUUCAAGUUCUACAAUAUUAUCAAGGCUUCCGAGUGGGGACAAGAAGAGUGUGUUCUUCUGUAAAACCACAAAUUAAUACAAAGUUAAACAAUAAGGCUCUGACAUAUUUUGUAAAAUAACACAAAUGGCAAAAAGAAACAAAAGGACAUGGAUUGAAUUUUGUGUACAUAAGCAAAUAGCAAAGAAAUCACAAAAAAUAGUAAGAUGUUGGGGUCAUUUUGUAAAUUAAGUAUGACAAAAAACAAAACAGAAAGACAUUGUAAUUGCAUAAAAAAAUUGUUAAUAUACAAAUGGCAAAAUUAACAUCAGGAUAUGGGUUAAAAACAAUAAAUACUGGUUAUUUUUGAUACUAUAGAAAUGGCUUUUUAAGAUCAUAUCAUCACCUUGUAGAGUAAUGGGCUAACCACUUUUAAAUUAUAUAGGAGUUAAACUGUUACUGCACUGAGGUGACAAUAUAAAACCACUGGAUAUUUAUUAUUUUGUAAAAUUUCAUGCACAAAAUGGCAAAUACUUCAAAUAAGAAAAUUGAAUUUUCCUCAUAUUUUUUUGAGAAAACAAAAACAACAAAACUUCUUUGUACAUAGUUAUAAAAUGUAUAUUUGCAUCAUAUUGUAAAAUAUGUACAUUUUAACAAAAACCAGUGAUGUUAUAUGAAAGUUUUAUGAAGAUAUUAUAUGAUAAUUAUUAUAUUAUAUGAAUGUAUACAUUAUUUGUGCUUCUAACAACUGAUAAAAUACUGUGUUAUGUAAGUUUAAACCUCGCUAUGUUCAUUCUUUAAAUGUUGGUACAUGUACAUGUUUAUUAACUAUUUUCAAAUUAAUAAUUUAAAACAAAUGAAUACAAUCUUAAUCUAA